AUGGGCGCGGCCGCAUUGAUUCGAAGACCACUGUUGGCGGCGUUUAUAUUCACCUCGUGUUACGUGAUAGAGAGAAUUGGUGAAUUAAACACUGUAUGUAUAUCGUUUCUACUAUUUACAGCGGCGUUCUUUGCUUUAUCCUUCACGCGAGUAUAUUGGUAUGUUCUCGCCGUAGAUACGCUUCAUAGUGCAGGUUAUGGACUGGCCAAAAGUGCAUUGACGGUGCAUUUCUCUAAAGCAGGAUCAAAAGCAAGUUCGGGUGUAAUACUUGGUAAGUUUUGCAGGAUUUUUUUACUUAAGAUGGCUCGAUAUAUUAAUCCACACAAAAUCCCUUUUAUACAAGAAUUGCGAAUACAAAUCGUUAUGCUAUAUGAACAAAUCCACACGACCAUUCGUGUCCGCGGGAAUGUUAAUUUAAAGACGGGACCUACUCACUUAAAUUAAAUACUCACUUAAUUUAAAGACAGGACCUACUCAGGACUUGCUCACGCCAUUUCGUGCCCUUAUAUGACGUUAUUAUAAAAAAACAGUACGCUAUAUCUCAUUUUAGCCGCUGCCAACUUGUGUUGAAAUUUUGCACACUGUAUUAUACGCGAAAGUUUUUCAUUAUACCAAAGUUUAAAAUAUCUGUAAUGCCAAAACAAUUUUAUCGAAGAAAAGGACAUCUUUGCGUUUAAAAAACCCAGCAUUUUAUUGUGCUUAUUUAGCGUUAGUCAUGAAUAGGACACUGUGCUCCUUUUCCAACUACACAGAGCAAUAGGCUGUUUUAGAGUGAAUUUCCUAUGCGUGUUUUGCCAUAGCAACGAACUGUGUGUUGCCAAAACUGACAUAAUUUGAAAGAAGAAGUAUUGAAAUAGAUGAACAUCCUGAAAUCUGCUGCAUAAAACCUAGGAAAACUAUAUCGAUCCUCCCUAAAGAAAAAUAAACGAACCUUGCAGUAUAGUUUCUAUGAACAAGUUUGAAACUUUAUUUUUAAUAAAUAUCGCAGUUUAUCGCUGUUUAUAAUGGCCGCAGGAAAAGUAUGACGUCAUCAGUUCGGAAAAAAAUCGUAUUUGCGUUCAGGUUUGGCCAGCAUACAAUUAAGACCAGCUGACGACAACUUUUUCUAUUUUCAGGACUUGAUUCGAUGUUCUUUUUUCUUGGAAUGGACUGUGGUGCAACGUUUUUUGGAUUACUUUUUCACGCAAUAGGGGUACGCAGCACACUUCUCCUUUAUGCCGGUAUGACUGCCAUUAUGCUCGCCAUAUUUCUGUGUUAUCUUAAAUUUUCAAAACAUGUUAAUGAGUACGAGAAGUUACCUGUAGACAGUGAUGAUGAUGUCGAUAAUAGCAAUGCUAAUGAUGAUAACAAACACAUUAAUAACUUGCAGUAAUUAAUAUUUUUAAAACAUAAGAAUAAACUAUAAACCAAUUAUUAUUUAUAUGUUGUGGAAAUACGAAUACGAAAUGUGGAAACGCACACGACCAAAACAAUUUAAUGUGGUUGAGCCUUCGGCCGUGUUCGCAGGUUUGAAGGAAACAAAUUUUACAGUCGAAUCCGGUGUUCCAUUGCCGGCAACAUUGCAAUAUUGUCACGCAAUAUUGCAAUAUUGAUCGGUCGAUUGCUCUAGCAAAUUGCAACCAACGC